UACGUCUCCAUCCUAGCUAUCCAAAUGGCUAAUUUUGAACCUCCAUUCCAAGAGGCCUUGAAAACCCUUUCACUUAAUUCUCCUCAAGAUGCACCCUCCAUAGAUGCAGCUGAGGAAGAGUUCUUCGAGCUGCCUCUGAUUCAUCUCCGCGGUUUAAAUGGCCAAGAAAUGGAAAGGAAAAAGUGUAUUGAAGUGAUGGCUAGAGCAUCCAGGGAAUGGGGGUUUUUCCAGAUCGUGGAUCAUGGGAUUCCGGGGGAGCUUUUGAAGAGGCUGAUGAGUGAGCAGAAAAGGCUUUUCUACCACCCCUUUGAGGAGAAAUCCAAGCAGAAUUUUCUCAACUUAGCUAAUAGCUACCUUUGGAUUAACCCUAGAGCUACCAGCCUAAAGCAGCUUUCUUGGUCUGAAGCCUUUCGUGUUUCUAUUACUGAUCUCUCGAGAAUGGACGAAUCCAACAAUACACUAAGACAAACCAUUGAGGACUAUGCAAGGGAAGCUACUCUUCUUCUUCAAAGGUUAGCUGAACAUUUAGCAGAGUUCUUGGGCAUGAGUUCUAGUUAUUUUAGGGAGAACUGCCCACCGAGUUCUACCCAUCUCCGGCUGAAUAGAUACCCUCCCUGUCCACUCUCUGGCAAGCUCCACGGCCUGGUUCCUCACACUGAUAGCAGCUUCUUGACCUUGGUUUACCAGGACCAAGUAGGUGGAUUGCAGUUGAUGAAACAUGGAAGAUGGUUCAGUGUUAAACCUGCCUCAAAUGCUCUCAUAAUUAAUGUCGGUGACCUGUUUCAGGCAAUGAGCAAUGACGUCUACAAGAGUGUCCGGCACCGGGUGGUGGCUCAAGGUUUUGAAAGAUUCUCUGCAGCAUGCUUCUACUGCCCUACAGCCAAGGCGCUAAUACAGGGUUUCCGGGGGCCAGCAGUGUACAGGCCGUUUACUUAUGGAGAGUAUAAAGAGCAAAUUCAGGAGGAUGUCAAAAGCUCUGGUGACAAAGUAGGGCUUCCUCGGUUUCUCCAACAUUAAAUUAACAGAUUUUGUUGGUAUAUCUGUUUGUAAUAUACAAAUUGGCCUAAAUAUCUUAGGUUGUGUUUGGGAUUGCGGUUGAGAGUUUUUGUGUGUAAUUAUAUAGUACUUUUAGAUAUAUGUAUAUUUGGUAAUUUUUUUUAGAUUAUUUUUUUCUAAAAACUAUAGAAAAUCACAUUAAAUUUAUAAUAAUUUU